AUGACUUCCCUCGCCAGCUGCAUCUUCUGCAAGAUCAUCAAGGGCGAAAUCCCUUGCUUCAAACUGCUCGAAUCCGAGACGGCUCUCGCAUUCAUGGAUGUUGGACCUAUCGCCAAGGGCCACUGCCUCGUCAUCCCUAAAUACCAUUGCAGGACUAUCACCGACCUCCCGGAUGAGGAGAUGAAGGAUAUCCUACCCUUUGCCAAACGCUUGGCGAAAGCCACCGGCGCCGAACACUACAACCUGUUGCAAAACAACGGCCGAUGGGCUCACCAAGAGGUCGAUCAUGUUCACUUCCAUGUGAUCCCCAAGCCCGCUCAGAACGAUUCGGCGGGUCUGGGUAUAACUUGGCCUGGACAAGGGCUCGGUAUGGAUGAUAUCAAGAAGACUUUCGAGGAGAUCAAGGGCAAAUUGGAGUGA